UUCUCCCCUCUGGGUGCAGGACACCAGCGCUGUGGGGCUCACGUGUGCCCUGCUCCUUAGGAACAGUUUUCAGCCAACCCGCAGCAACCCCCACACAGCCCCAUGGCCCCGAACCCACUGCUGCCACCGGACAGUGUGACACUACAGAGGCCCUCAGCCACCAUCCCCCAGCCCGGCAGCAAGGUCCCCAUGUCAUCCCGUGUCCCUGAGCUGCCCCACGGGCUGCAGGACAGGCUGGGCCAGGGGCAGCCGGUGCCAUCAGGCCGCUUGCUGGUGGCCCUGCACCAUCCCCUGGGUGACCGGCAGCUGACAGUGGGCAGUCGCCUGCAGCCCGGAGCAGGGCAGGGGCAGAGCGGUGGCCCCUCGGUCACCUUCACACUAAGUGGCCUGUCCAGGGCAGAGUCACCAAGCAGAGGUUGCCCCCUGCACGGCACCCAGGAGGCCACAGCCAUCCUUAAGGAGCAGAUGACGCAGACGGAGCCCUGCAAGGUGGCUUUGUCCCACCGGGUUGAUGCUGGGACCCAGCUGCUCCGAGCCCCCUGUGCCACCUGCCCCAUCAUCUGCACCCCCAGCCCGCCACCACCUCGCAGCCCCAUCACCAACCCCAAAGCGCCCCGCAGAGCCCUGCGGCUCCUUGGGGACAAAUCCAUUUCCCAAUGGAACCAGGACCCCAUGGAGCCAGGCUCCUUGUCCCUGCAGCCCCCUCCAGCCCAGCCCGGCAAGGAGCAGAAUGAGUGCCUGUGUGUGCUGCACCGCAUGGCCAAGCAGCUGCACCGAGGGGCUGAGACAGAGGCGGCACUCCGGCACCCGGCACCUUCCCGGCCGUCACCUCCCACCAGGGACACAGGCACCCAGACCGGCACCGUGCCUGUGUACCCGCACCCCGCUCCCAGGUCCCUUGCAGCCACCUGUGCCUGUUGUCCCCAGCACAGCCCUGCUAUCCCCUCAUCUUGGAAUGCCCGCAUCAACAGGGCUCUGCCCAAGCCUGGUCCCAGCUCAGCUUGGUGGCCCCUGCUGCACCCGGAGCACCCUGUCACCCCGCGCCCCGUGUCCCCAGUGAUGGAGCCAAGCACCUCCAAGAGCGGCUCUUUGAAGGCGGAUGCCAUCACAGAUGUUCUGACGGGCAGAGGUGGCUUCAGCGAGGAUGUGGCACCGUGUGACAGAGCUCCUGCCACCGCUCUGCAGCAGGACAACAGCUCCAAGAGCUUCGUCUGCGGCGCUGAUGGUGGGGACGAGGUGGACACAGAGUCGGUGGCUGCCAAAUUGAAGACCACUUUUUUGGACAUGACUGACAAGGGGCACGCCAACAUCCUCUGGACCCUGAAAGCUGAGGAGAUCAAGCGCUUCCUGAAGGAGGACUCAGAAGAGGCUGAGCUCACCCAGUUCCUCAGGGACUGCCCUCCUGCUGACAGCCCCUACAAAGUGGAGCCCACGGAGGGCCGGCGGGACCCCGGCCACCCCCUCUGCGGGAGGGCCCCCAGCGAGGAGCCAGCCGAUGAGCACAACACGCAGUCCUUCUCUCGCCCCCGGCCCCUGGACCCCCAGCAGCUCAUCAUGGCCCCCCCGCCGCCCAGCCCCUCACGGCCGCGCAGCCCCUGGGGGCAGCUGGACCCCUAUGACUCCUCCGAGGAUGACAAGGAGUACGUGGGCUUUGCCACGCUUCCCAACCAGGUCCAUCGCAAGUCAGUGAAGAAGGGCUUUGACUUCACACUGAUGGUGGCAGGGGAAUCCGGGCUGGGCAAAUCCACUCUCGUCAACAGCCUCUUCCUGACAGACAUGUACAGGGACCGCAAGCUCCUCAAUGCUGAAGAGCGCAUCACGCAGACGGUGGAGAUCACCAAGCACGUGGUGGAUAUUGAGGAGAAGGGCGUUAAGCUGCGCCUGACCAUCGUGGACACGCCAGGCUUCGGUGAUGCUGUCAACAACACUGAGUGCUGGAAGCCGGUGGCUGACUACAUCGACCAGCAGUUUGAGCAGUACUUCCGCGACGAGAGCGGCCUCAACCGCAAAAACAUCCAGGACAACCGUGUACACUGCUGCAUCUACUUCAUCUCGCCCUUCGGCCACGGCCUCCGGCCCCUGGACGUGGAGUUCAUGCGGGCACUGCACCAGCGCGUGAACAUCGUGCCCGUGCUGGCCAAGGCCGACACCUUGACGCCUGCUGAGGUGGAGCGCAUGAAGAACAAGAUCCGGGAGGAGAUUGACCACUAUGGGAUCCGCAUCUAUCAGUUCCCCGAGUGCGACUCGGAUGAGGAUGAGGAGUUCAAGCUGCAGGACCAGGCGCUGAAGGAGAGCAUCCCCUUUGCUGUCAUCGGCAGCAAUACAGUGGUGGAGGCCAAGGGACGGCGUGUCCGUGGACGGCUCUACCCCUGGGGCAUCGUGGAAGUGGAGAAUCCGUCUCACUGUGACUUUGUGAAGCUGCGCACCAUGCUGGUGAGGACCCACAUGCAGGACCUGAAGGACGUGACACGUGAGACACACUAUGAGAACUACCGCACUCAGUGCAUCCAGAGCAUGACCCGCAUGGUGGUGAAGGAGAGGAACCGCAACAAGCUGACACGGGAGAGCGGGACGGAUUUCCCCAUCCCUGUCAUCCCCCCGGUGCCGGACUCGGAAACGGAGAAGCUCAUCCGGGAGAAGGAUGAAGAGCUGCGACGGAUGCAGGAGAUGCUGCAGAAGAUCCAGAAGCAAAUGAAGGACUCCCACUAACCCCCUCCUCCUCCUCCUCCAGCCGUGCCCCACGCGGAUCAGAAAUGUUUACAUCACGCUCCAUCCCAGCCAAGCUCUGAGACUCAGUACCAACAACACCUCCCACCUUAAGCUGCUGCAGUAUCGCCUUAUGGACUUGGGGACGGCGAGGGGAUGGGGUGCACUUCCCAGGUUCCCCCAAACACUGUCCUGGCCCCUCCUGCAUCCCCUGGGCUGGGUGCAGCAUUGUCCCCGUGGCUUUGGCUCCCUCUGUGUCCCCCCACCCCAGGCGGCUCCCAGAGGCCACAACUGCCCUGCUGCCCAUGGUCUUGUUCCUAUGUCACCUGGGGCUGCCUGCCCAUGCUGUGAAGGAAGAGGGAAGGAGAGGACUGGUCCCAGCCCCACAGACUGAGAUCUGUACCACUCGGAAUGGGGAUGGGAGGGAAAUUCGGUGACAGAGGGUCAGUGGCUCGUGGGGACUACUGGGUCCAGGGUAUUCCAUGCCAGCAGAGGAAGUUCUGAAGAUCGAUGGUGUCCAGUCCUGUGUCCUUGGCACAUUCCCUGUCCCCACAGAGCAUUGUCCCAUGGGAGCAUCCCAUGCUGGUGCACAGGGAGCCUUGGAGAAUCACCAUCUCCCCCCAAACACCAUCCCUCCCCCCCCAAAUCGCCCCCACCCUGUUGGCCCUACAAAGCAAAAAUCACUGUCCCAACCCUCAGCAAGAGCUUUGUCCGCCAAUGGCAUUUUGGCCCCCAGUGCCGCGUGCUUGUCCAUUGCGUCACCGUGUCCCCCCGGGCUGUCCCCAUCCAUGUUGCUUCCUGGCAGAGCACCCCAGCUCCCUGCUUCCCUCGGGCAACGGGGAAAGAAGAAAGAGGACAGUGAGGCUGCGUGGUGGCCCUGAGGGCUGGAGGCAGAGCUGGGGGCAUGGGGAAGUGUUCCCCCCCCCAGGCCACCUUCUCUGGUGGGUUUGAGCCUCAGCCCCGCAGUCCCCAUGUCAUAGUUUGGGUGGCUCAGGCUGGGUGGCACUAGGGACAACGCCAGCAGUGUCCCUGCGUCGGCCACAGCCCGAGGGGUCCCUGUGUCACCUCAGCCGUGAGCAGGGACCUGCAGGCGGGAUGAGCGCUUUCCUUUUUUAUCUCGCUAUUUUCUUACAGAAGAACCUACCUUUGCAUGACAGUCAUAGAUGCAUUUAUUAAAAUAUACAAAGAGUAUAGGUUUAUAAAUUCGUAUAGAGCUAGUGGAAAUAUUUUUAACCCCUCCACGGAUGUUCUCAAUAAAUACAGCUGACCUGGCUUGUCUGCACCCAUGAGUCACUUCCACGGGCGGGCGCAGGAGGACGGUGAUGGAUGGCCCUCACACCCCACCCCCUCCUUCCUCCUCCACCUCCCCUUUCACCUUUUAUGUGCUCAGGGAACCUCUUCAAGCCCUGCUCCCCUUCUUCCCUUCCGUAUAUUCCCUGCAUCCACGUGGAUGGUUAAAGCAUGUCCUGGAUCAACUGUGCUGAGCUGGCCAGAGGAGUUCCCCAAAUGUCCUUGGACAGGAGCUAAGGCCAGCUGUUGUGUUUGCACCACCCAAGAGAUGUUGAUUCUCUUUUCUUACAUGUUUUUUGCUGCCAGAAAGUUGUUACCUCCCCUCUUGUCCUGCUCUUCUGGGCCACUUUGGGCAGGGUCCCUGCAGAAGGGGCAGGAGCUGCUGUGGGCACCCUGACCCCGUUGUCACCCUGCUGCAAAAGGAGGCUGUCCCACUGCCACUCGGAGAGCCUAAAGUCACCUUCAUCGAUAUCUAUCAUCAUAAUACCAAUACGGGAAUGGAAAAGUGCUGGAGUUUCUCUGGCUGCAUGAUUUCCCUCCUGGAGCGCUCUUUGGUGGCCCUGCCUGCUGCUCCCUGCCCAGGACAGCUGGCCUGUCCACUUGCUGUGGCCUCGGAGCAGCUGACUUGGCCCGGUGCCCCUCACCCAGCUCUGUGCUUACAUCCUCAGCAGGAAAACCCCAGCGCUCAAGCUCCGAUACCAGUUCCAGCCUGUCUUCCUUCCCUUAGCUCUGCUUCAUUUCAUGUGAUUUUGAUCACAUCCUUAAAAAAACCCGCACCCACCCAAACCCAGCCUUCCCACAGGCGUUUCCAGGGCAGAGAUAUUUUAGUGCGGCAAAGUCUCUGAUGUGCGUUGAUGAUGUCCUAUUUUAGGUCCCUUGCCAGCGCCGGCACUGUCUGCAGACAGUUGCACUGGAGCUCCCUUCAACCCUUUGGCAACACUCGUGGUGGGAGGAAAUGUUUCUGGGAAGGGAGAGGAAAUCUCUGCUCCUUGCCCGGUCUGUGCUAUCCCUGUGCUUGCUGAAGUUCCAUCCAACACCAGCUCUUCCUUCCCAGAGGCCAAGUGGGGGAUGGGUCAGCUUUUCAGACGCAUUACAGAUUUGGGAUGCUGUGGCUGAAUGUGUUCAGCAAGUGCUCGUGAUGAGGCCGGUUGCCUUUGGAUCCUCCUCUCCUAAUGGAAUGGCUUCAGCAGACCCGAAACCACAACUCUGUCGUGUGUGAUUGCUCUUCUCCUUCUAAAAAAGGUGGGUGGGGCUCUCCAGAAUUACCCUGACAUUUGCAAAUGGGCCACAAUCCAUACAUGGAAGAAAUGUUCACCUUAUUUUGGGAUUCCUCUGUUCUUUUGCUCAAAACCUUUUCUUUGGGACUUAUCACAGCUGACGAAAACCCCCAGUCUAGAUGAGUGACUUGACUCCAGUUUCCAAACUACUCCGUGCUUUUUGCAAUACAUUCUCCGUACCCACAGCCUCACGAAACCCGUCAGAAACAUCCGGUGUGAUGCACCAGUCCCUGGGCACACACAGCAAAUGCAGCCAUUCCUUCCCUGCGAGGAUGAGGUCACAAGUGACGCCAGCAUGAAGUCCAGGGACCGAGUGGCAGUGACAGUGAUGAUGUCCCCCUGCGGGCAGGGAUGGGGUAAACACUGCUGUGUCUCCAGCAGGGACUACAGGCCGCUGCCAGAGGCCUUUGCUGUUGGCUGUAUUUGGGGAAACAGCACCAUCUAUUUGCAGCAUUAUUUUAUGUGUCUUUGUUUGCAGAGAACAAAUUGCCUUCUGAUGGAGCCAGGUGCCCGUGACCCAUCCUCCACUGCCCAGGUCCCAGCGGGGAAGGUGUCACCUGCAGGCCCUCAGCUGGUGCCUGGACUUUGCUCUGAGUUUAGGGGUGGCAGUGGGAGCUGAAUGACAUGUGUACAAGCAGCAGAGGAGGGAGAAAGCAUGAGAGGUCCAAGAAGAGGACUGGGGACUUCAUGUGAUUUUUGGCCCUGCCCCUUCUCCCCCCUGCAGGGACAUUGGGACACCCGUCCCAAGUUCCCCUCCCUCCCCAGCCAUACAUUUCCCUGUAGCUGCCUCAUACUCCUUGGACAGCAGGAGUAGGUUGUGUGCCCUUGCCCCAGUCAGUGACCUUGGCUCUCUGUAGAGCCUUUUUGAGGAGCCAUGAGCCCAGGAGAUCAAGGGGGAAGAAAGCCAGCCAGCCCAUA